UUAGAUUUCACAUAUUGAUAUCCAUCAUUAUGAUGGGAACAGUCAACGAGAUUCUCUCGACACUAGCUCUCCCAGACACAUCCACCGCCAUCGCUCCACGCCCAUGCUACCUCAUCCUAGGAAAACCAGGCGCCGGAAAGACGACGCUGGCAUCUCGCCUCGCAGCGUCUCUCAACGCUCAAUGGAUUUCUCCUGAAUCCCUCCUUUUGCAUGCACUCUCAAACACAGCGAGUCCAUGGCAUAAAGAAAUUCAAUCCUGUCUCGCAUCCGGCGGUGCGGUCGCUCCAGAAACAUUGAUCGCCAUUGUCAAGGACAUGAUAGCGUCCCAAGAGACAGACUUUCAAGGCUACGUUCUCGAAGGAUUACCUGGAAAUCUCACAGAUUCCGCACAAGACAUGUCCCUCCUUACAGACCUCUUGAACAAGAGACCCGCUCACCAUGUUCCUGUCUUGAUUCAGCUCAAUAUAUCGGAUGAGGACCUCAUACGGCGUCGGGCGGCUCAGUGGAUUGACAUGGAGACUGGGAUCAUCUAUCCAGGUCCCCAAGUCGUGCAUUCAAGGGAAAGAUGGGCACAGGGCAAGGGCGAUGAAGAGGAUGACGAUGAGGACAAUGAAGGGGGAAGCGAAUCGAGUGGCAAGAACCAUGAUGACGAGGAAGAAGAGGAUGAUGAUGACGAUGACGAAGAGAAUAGCGAGGAUGAUGAGGAUCAGCAAGAAGAAGGAGAAACCGACAGGCGUCGCGAAGCAAAAAAGCCUAAAACUUCUCUCUCUGAUCUCGUCACCAAUGUCCAAUGGCCUCUCAUCCCCAUGGACGUUGUAGACCGUCUCAUCAAACGCCCCGAAGAUGCUCCCGAAUCCGUCACGGCGCACCUCGCAGCUGUAUCUCAAUACGAUUCGCUUCUCGCCGACUUUAAACGCAAUUACUUUGAUGCAAAUCAUACCAUUGAACUCGAUGCAACCCAGCAUCCCACCGUCUUGUACAAGAAUCUAAUGGACCGAUUGCAUGUCCUUGGAUAUGGUGUCUUUACAAAAGCAGUCUUGCCAAAACCUCUCGCGCCCCCCGACGGUGGAUUCAAAGCGGGAACGACCGACCAAGAAAUAUUCAAGAUCUUUUGCUCAACACAGCUUGAGGAGGGUGAACCCAAACGAGAGGUGGGCAUAUGGGGUAAAUACUGUCCUGUGACGUACACUCGCAACAACGGACAGCUUGUCCAAGUGUCGUCGUUUGAUUUUUGUGCUGCUUACAAGGGCCAAAUCUACUUUUUCGCCUCACAAACGGACCUCCAGGCUUUUCUCUCCAAUCCCGCCAAAUACCUCUCCACACCACCCCGUCUAUCGCCUCUCCACAUUUCCAUCCUUGGUGGUCCCUUUUCGGGAAAAACAACGCAAAGCAAGCUCCUGGCUCACUUGUACGGUCUUGUCCACGUUUCUUUGGAUGAAGUGUUUGACGAGUGGUGUGCUUUGAGUGAGGAGCAAGGUAACAAGGUGUGGGGAACUGUGUUUGGACAGAUUCUUCGAAAAUGCCGACUGGGCAAGACGAUUGCUCCCACUCUUCAAGUCCAAGUGAUUCAACUCGUCAUUUCCAAAGCGUUUGAAUUAAAGCGCUACAAUGGAUGGAUUUUAGAUGGAUUCCCGCGGACCAUGGACCAGAUGAACGCAAUGAUCGCAGCUGAUCUCAACCCGCAUCGGACCAUCGUUCUCGAAAACGACAUUAAUGAUGAGACAGUGCGGGGGCGUAUGAUGGCUUUUGUGUCUGAUCCCAUCACUGGGCGGCCCGUCACCACCUCCACAACGACGAAUGGGAUGACACCUAACGCACCUAGUAUCCUUGCAUACCCCAACUUUGACAACCUUUUCAACGGAUUCCGUGAAGAUUUAGCCAACAUGACGAAAACCUUGUCCAAUGUCGUUACUCUCCCCGCCGACCGCGGCAUCCAGACCGUCCUAAGCAGUAUUCAGGGCCAUAUGGACCCAUUCUUGCCCAAAGCAGUUCCUUUGACACCUAAAAUGCAAGCAGAACUCCCUGCUCAAAUCCCACUUGGAACUACAAAAGAUUAUUGUCCCGUCAUGUUGAAACAAGGUAUCCUUGUCAAAGGUGAUCGGAAUUUCACCGUUAAAUAUCAGGGCCAAUAUUACCACCUCACAUCCGAAGACGCCAAAACAACCUUUGUAACCGAACCCCAAACUUACAUCCACUCCCCACUUCCACCUCCUCGUCUCAUUUUCCUCGGUCCACCCGGUAGCGGUCUCGACGCCCUCAUCCCAGCCCUCCUCUCCACCCUCUCAACACCCAUCCCGCAUAUCGUGUUUGAAACUUUUGUACUAUCGUGGGCUGCAAUGCAAGGUGGGGCGGUGAAAGAGGAAGUCGAAUUCAUGUUACAAGAGAAUGGAGGAAUUGGUGCGCAUGUUUUGACUGAUGUGCUUAAAACACUUUUUUAUAGUGAGCCGUAUAAAACUACAGGGUUCAUCCUAACAUCCUUUCCACGCACCAAACUCGACUGUGACACCCUCUUAAAGUAUUCCUUGCAUGUUGAUGCGAUGGUAGUCUUGGAUUGUGAGAGCAGUGUUGCCCUGAAGCGUGUUGUUUCCCGUCUUCGUCGGGGUGGAGUUGUUGAUGGUGUAGCUGUUCCGCAUGAUGCUCAAGCUGCUGAUGAUGAUGAUGAAGAGUGGGAAGACAAGGUUUUGGAAGAGAUUGAAAAACACCAAUCACGCAUCUCGGAAAUCACUUCAACCUUUUCUUCACAAUCCUCUAUCCCAUUAUUUACCAUUGAUGCUUCUCGCCCCAUACGUCCCGUCUUGGCUUCCGUCAAGCACGAUUUGAGACCCUUUUUGGAAUAUAGGGCAAGCUUAUUGGGCAAUGCGUUCAAAGUGACUAAAAAGGAGGCCAAAGUGCUCUUGGAUCUUGGUGUUGUGGUGUAUAGUCCGUUUCGGAAAUACUGUCCGGUAACUUUGGAAAAGAACCGUUUCUUGACAAGAGAAUGUACGGGGACUCUACCGGUUGUUUAUGGGGGGUGUAUUUACUUUUUAAAGGAUCGGAAUGCCAGAACGCAUUUUAUUCAAAAUACAACCCAUUAUACAGCCCUUCCCCCACCACCUCCGCUCCUCCGCCCACACCUUACCCUCGUCGGUCCCCCCAAAUCCGGGAAAACAACCCUCGCGAAAUCCAUUGCACAAAGUUUUGGGCUCGUAUAUUUGGAUGUUGAAACUAUUGUGGCGGGUCUUGCUGGUUUUAGUGGUGUUUCCGAGCAGGUGAAGGCGACGUUAGAGGCUGGAUUACCAUUACCGGACACACUUGUUACUGAAGCGAUACGAACCAUUACCUCCUGUGCCAUGUGUCAAGAAAAAGGGUGGAUUCUGGAUGGAUACCCAAUAACAACUGCCCAAGCUCACCUCCUCGAAUCAGCUGGUGUAGUCCCACAUUGCGUUUUUGUGCUGGAUAUACCUGUUGAAGAGGGCUUGAAGAGAGGGAUGGUGGAUUGGGAGAUUGAGGCCGAGUCCCCUCUUCCACCCCUCAACACACCCACGACCCUCAAUCAGUAUAGCCAAGUCUACGAAACGCAUAUCUCCGCUAUCGACACCCAUUAUACCACCGCGUAUGCCAAUGUCACCCACCUUGAUGCACUGAGGAGUAAAUGGGCUUUGAAGAAUUUGGUUGUCAAGGCUGUACAAGAUGUUAUGGUUGCGCGGCAAGAGUAUUUUGGACGAAUUGGGCGUGGCAAAGCCGCAUCCAUUACCUCCACCUCCAUCCCCCUCACCCACAUCUCCACUCACCUCUCCCCUCACCUCACCUACUGCCCAGUCUCCCUCCACCUCCACCAAACCCUCAUCCAACCUCCAUCCACCCACAUGGCUGAAUACAAGCAACAGUACUAUUACCUCGCGGGACCAUCUGAACAAGCUUUAUUCUUAGAGGACCCGGAAUUGUAUAUUCGGACACCUUUACCUGCUGAAUUACCGCGGGUUGUUACUCAGGAGGAAGUUAAGGCGAUGUUUCCGAAAGGGUUUGAGUGUGGUGGGUAUUGUCCUGUUGCGCUGAAAGAGGGAGGCAAAGGUUUCGCAUCUCUCGUACGAGGACUACCCACCUUGACCGCCCUCUACGCCCAAAAACUGUACAGUUUCUCCACGCCCACCGCUCUCGCCAAAUUCUUAGCAACUCCUCACCUCUACACUUCCCUCACACCCCCUAAAAAACUCCCGCCACCCAUGACGCCCAUCGCAACCCACACCCUGCCCAUACCAGGGUACAUUGACCAAACGCUCUCGGAAACCCUCGUAGCGGCCCUAGAAGACCUUGCAAGAAAACGACCAAAAUACCCAUAUUGGACACCUGAAGCUAGUGCCAUUGAAUUCUUGGCGGUGUGGCUCAAGGGGCAUAAUACGAAAAGUUCAGAGUGGGUUCGACGGGGGUAUUCAGAGCGGUUGGAGGGGUUUUUGAGGUCGUGUGAGAUUAUUCACUCUGAGGAGCGUGAACGGGUAGAAGGAAUUUGGAAGUUACGGCCUAUUCGACGGGGUGGGUUGGAGAGUUGA